AGUGCCGAAUUAUUAGCUCUUUCCCGAGUAUCCUAGCGGACGAUUUCAGGUAUCGAUACCGUUAAUAGAGUUACAGAGUCGAUAGCCUUCAGAGGAGCCGCAGAAAACGAAAAUCACCACCCCCAGGGAUCUGGAUCCAGAUUACCCGACUAUCGCUCACGAUCUUUUCCUCGUACCAACUCAUAAUUCCAAAAACAUCAAGCUCCAGCUUAUCCGGGCUGGAUAAGUCCACACCCCGCCAUGACAUCAGAUCCCCCACCAGGUCGAACGAGUUCGCCAACGGGUAGCUUCUACGCUAUGAGCGACGACGAAGAAGGCGAAUACGAUACCAUCACACAUACCGAGAGUGGAAAAGGUGUCAAACUAUUGUAUUCCAAGAGCAAAGUUUACAUCCAUCCAACUCCUUCCGCCAAGGAUAACAUUCCAGGCUUUAUCGCGCUAUUACAACAAAAAGGUCCACGCGGCGAACGACCAACAUCAUCCUCUUCCGCAAUCUCCAACUCGCCAGCAUCUUCAGAUCUUCUCCUAGCUUGGUUACCUGAAUCUUCGCUCGGCGAAGCUGCGAGUAUCUAUGUUAAGGUAGAUCUAACCGAUGCCGAGUCCCCGCCGAAACAGAGCUAUCUCGUACCACCACCUCCUACCGUAACCACCCACAAAGGCUCGAUUGGUCACUAUGCCUUCGCGAUACCAGUCAGCGCGAUAUACUCUCUCCUAGUGCGCCCUCCAAGCUUAGGAUGGUGGUUUGGCUCUCUUGUUAUCAAUACGAGAGCCGGGGAUAGCUUCCCGGCUUUAUUCUUUCACGACAGCGAAUGUCAAUCCACCAUACUCCAGAAGAAAAAGCGAGCUAGGGAUAACUUCGACCCCUUUGGCGAAAAUGGCCAGAUGUUCUGGGGAGGCGAUGAAGUCCUCCGCUGGCUGAAACGCUACGUGCGGAUCGAGAGGAGUGGGGCUGAGCCGAAUAUCUACCUAGUAGAACCCAGCAAGGAAGAUAGUGAAGCCUUUGGUGGGAAGUUGACGUCCAGCACACCUUCGUCGAUCGGCCGGCGAGAUAGUUCUCAAGGGUUGUCCUCGCGGCGUGCUGCUGGGACUUCCGCGGCUGGGCCGAGUGGCCAAAAUGACGGUGGCAUGGAUCCUGUUAUGAAGUUCGUAAAGGAGACUGGGUGGAACCUCUUGGAGAAGUUUAGUAAAGUCACGACGUUCACGCGCAGGACCGCACAGGAAAUUAUAGAUAACCCCAGAGUUCCGCCCCAAGUACGGAGGUUGAUGAGAAAUCCCGAAGUCCAGACGUUGCAGGAUGAAUUCGAUGUCGCCAGGAUAUACCUUGCCAGAUGGGCAAUGGGAAUGGCAGAGCAAAGCGAAAGGGAGCGAAGCCAGAGGAUAUGGACCGCCCGUGAUGUCAUGGAGUUGGAAGAUACCGAUGUUGGAGAAUUCGAGCUGCUAGAAACAAGCUCCCUAUCUCUGGAAGGACGAAGGAAAGCGGUUACACUUAAAGAGUGGAACACCUUCUUUGAUCCUAGAACUGGACGCCUGGCUAUUACUGUUGAUGAAGUCAAGGAACGAGUGUUCCAUGGUGGUCUUGACCCAGAUGACGGAGUUCGCAAAGAAGCCUGGCUUUUCUUGCUCGGCGUAUAUGACUGGUAUAGCACAGCUGAGGAACGAAAGGCGCAAGUUGCGUCCCUAAGGGACGAAUACGUGAAAUUGAAGGCUGCCUGGUGGGAAAGGCUGGUAGAUCUUGGUGGUGAAGGGGAGGAAGGCGAAUGGUGGCGAGAGCAAAGAGGGAGGAUUGAGAAGGAUGUACAUCGGACUGAUCGAACAGUCCCGAUUUUCGCAGGGGAGGAUAUACCCCAUCCCGAUCCAGAGUCUCCCUUUGCCGAAGCCGGAACCAACGUUCAUAUGGAACAGAUGAAGGAUAUGCUUCUCACUUACAACGAAUACAACAAAGACCUUGGCUACGUUCAGGGCAUGUCCGACUUGCUCGCACCGAUAUACGCUGUUAUGCAAGACGAUGCGAUUGCUUUCUGGGGUUUCCAACAUUUCAUGGACCGAAUGGAGCGAAAUUUCCUGCGCGACCAAUCCGGCAUGCGAAAUCAACUCCUCACUCUGGAUCACUUGGUUCAAUUCAUGGACCCCAAGCUUUAUGCUCAUCUCCAAUCUGCUGACAGCACUAACUUCUUCUUUUUCUUCCGCAUGUUACUCGUAUGGUAUAAACGUGAGUUCAUUUGGAUGGACGUCUUGCACCUCUGGGAGAUACUGUGGACAGACUAUCUGAGCAGCAGCUUCCACUUGUUCGUCGCUCUGGCUAUUCUAGAAAAGCACCGAGACGUGAUAAUGGUGCAUUUGCGCCAUUUUGAUGAAGUGCUUAAAUAUGUCAACGAACUUUCAAAUACAAUGGACCUUGAGUCUACAUUAAUCCGAGCAGAGGCUCUAUUCCGUCGUUUCCAUCGAUUGAUCGAUGCGAUAGACAAGAAACAGAAUUUCCCUGCGCCAAGGACCCAGAAAGAUUCGCCUCCGGGAAAUUCUGCGUCUCCCUCUCGACCGCCGGCAACAUCGCGCCAGUCAGAGGGUUCGAAUGGCAAAGCACCGGAGGAACAGGCAAAGAAGACGAUCACUCCCGAGCUGAGGAAGCUGCUGAGUAGAAAUGUGGAAGUAUUACCGCGAAAAGUAGUUCAUAAGAAGGGCGAUGGCAUCACUGCCGAGACUGCGUAGGAAGUGGUUUAAGCAGCUGGUCGCACAAAGGUAGAAUCUGAUUUUGGCCGGGUGUACUUUUAACAUUGGAGGAAACGCAGGAUUGGGCGCAUUGCGAGGCAAAUAAGACUAGGCUUGAAGGGUAUGGCGUUGGGUUUAUGUAGUAUCACGAAUGGCGAUAAAGAGGGCUACCGUACUCCUACAGCGCCAUCAUCAUUCCUCUCAAGGUUAAACAGUCCACAUAAUUGAUAUUCGAAAUUCCACAGCCGUUCACGUACAUAUAUCGCUCGACAGGUUGAUAAAAUAGAGGCCACGUGACACUUAAAAUAAAUUCGAUAAUGCUCCGAUAGAUAACAACCUAUGCCAACCCGAUGGUAGCAGUAAUAGUUCCCUUGCCUUCACUCCGAUGAAUUCGCACGGU